AUUUAGACGCACCAGAGUAAAUGGUGAAUAGAAUUAAAAUGCAGCAAACAUGUGAAAAAAACAUGCACAUUUUCCUUCCAGAAUAUUCCAAAGUAUCACUAAUAAACAUGGCUUCGUGUAAACCAUCUCCCCCACCUGUUUUGUUGGUGGAGCUCUUGGAGGCGGACUGCCUGCACGUCCCAUCAUCCAUCCAUCACUGCUCCCAUCCAAUCAGCUGCGGCCCGAUGGGACCUGCUGUGCAGUCAAACUGUUUUUCUUCUCUCAUCCUUGGAUACCUUGAGAAGGGAGCACAGAUCUUGUCUGUUUGCCGUGGCCGUGCCGCUACUGGUACCCCGACCUGGGCCUGAUGGAGAACACCCGCCGCUUCGCGAACCGCUUCUCCGACUACAGAGGCGCGCUGCUGCCGGGCCAGAGCGCCGAGGCCGUCCUCCCAGCCAUCGUUGCCAAAAUUGACAAGAUCCUAAAAAAGAUCCAGGUCGACAUCAGCGACUGCGAUGGAGGGCUGUACGACGGGCCGGCCGGAGUCGCUUACAUGCUGUACCACGUCAGCGAGUGUCCGCUGUUCUCCGAGCAGCGGGACGUCUACCUGAAGACGGCCAAGCAGAUCAUCGACGUGUCGGUGAGGUACGCGGACGCGGAGCCCGACCAAAACAUGCGAGCCGCCUUUCUGCUCGGCGGGGCGGGCAUCUACGCCGUGGCCGCGAUGAUAUACAAGUCCCUGGGCUUGGCGGAUUUUGUAAAGCCGCUGACCAAGUUUCGGAACCUGUGGGAGGUGUGUGCGCCCAUCAAUUUCCUGGAGUGCGGCUCGGACGAGCUAUUUGUGGGGAGGGCGGGCUACCUGUGCGCCGCGCUGGUCCUGAAGCAGAAGCUGGGCAUUGAGAUCCUGAGCAAAGAUCAGAUCAAAUCUAUUUGCCAAGCCAUCAUCGAGUCAGGAAAACAAUACGCCAGGAGGAAGAGGAAGCCUUUCCCUCUGAUGUAUUCAUACUAUGGAACAGAAUAUCUUGGUGCAGCCCACGGCCUCUCUUCAGUGCUGCAGAUGCUGCUCAGCUACCAGGAUGUCCUCAGCGGGGCGGAGAAGGACCUGGUGUGGCAGAGCGUUGACUUCCUCAUGACUCAGGAGCAGAACUGCAACUGGCCGGCAGAGCUGGGAGCAAUCAUCGAGAGGGAAAAUGAGCUGGUGCACUGGUGCCACGGCGCCCCAGGCGUGGCGUAUCUUUUUGCAAAAGCCUAUCUGAUCAAUAAGAAGCCACAGUAUCUGGACACGUGUAUCCGCAGUGGGGAGCUCGUCUGGCAGAAAGGCCUGCUGAAGAAAGGACCUGGCAUUUGUCACGGAGUUGCAGGCAGCGCUUAUGUCUUCCUCCUGCUUUAUCGCCUCACAGGCAAUUCCAAAUACCUCUACCGUGCCCAAAGGUUUGCAGAGUUUAUCUUCACCGAGGAGUUUAAGGCGGGAUCCCUCUCGGUCACCAGCAUCUACAGCCUGUUCGAGGGCCUUUCCGGGACCGUUUGCUUCCUGGUCGAUCUCCUGCAACCAGACCAGUCAGAGUUCCCUCUGUUCAGCGUGUUUGUGUGAACGGAUCCAGCAUCGCGCUGUUUCCUGACCAGAACAGACGUUAUGAUUUUUACAAUAGACGGAGUAACAUGCACUGUAAAACCAGGACAGUAUGUGAGUGGGUUUUAGUUGGAGUGAAACAUUUGAUGCAGUAGCAGAGAAAGGUUUUUGCUUUGUGUGGACGUACACCUUGCAGGCUUUAGCAGAAUCACCACUAACAUUUUCUGUUUCAGUUUAGUCAGCUAAAAUGAGGCCUCACAGCCAUUUAAACCUGAGAUACGUAUUUAUAAGUUUCCUUUGGAUUUCCCUUAUCUACAGAGUCUAACAGAAUCUCCUCAGAUUUGCUUUAGCAUUAAAAACAACAGCAGCUAACAUGCAUAAAAGAAAACAAAUUUGCUCAAUUUUUGAGUAAAUGUAGUUCAAAUGUU